AUGAAACAACGCAUUUCAUCCCUUCACUCCUCGGUCUCGCGCCUGCAGCUAUCCGAGCAUGUGGAGGAACCCAGUCCGAUAGCUUCCCCGCAGCAACAGCAGCAAGAACCAGCCACUGCCCUCUCCCCAGAAGCUUAUACACAGCCUUUUAUCGAUUUUAUGAGCAAGAACCCUACUAUCUUUCACGCCGUAAACCAUUUCAGCAAGCAGCUCGAAGCUCAGGGCUACAAGAAGCUAUCUGAACGAGACACGUGGACCUCCGAAUUGAAGCGUGGUGGAAAGUACUACCUCACUCGCAAUGACAGCUCUUUAAUCGCAUUUGCCGUGGGAAGUGAAUACAAGAGUGGAAAUGGAAUUGGCCUUGUUGCGGGACAUAUCGAUGCGUUGACCGCUAGAUUGAAGCCCGUUCCAACAUUGCCCACCAAGGUUGGGUUCAAGCAGAUAGCAGUUGCUCCGUAUGCAGGCGCCUUGAAUAAGACUUGGUGGGAUCGCGACUUGGGUAUCGGCGGUCGCGUGCUGGUGAAGGGUACAGAUGGCGUUGUGAAGUCGAAAUUGGUCAAGCUGGACUGGCCCAUCGCUCGUAUCCCGACUCUGGCUCCUCAUUUCGGCGCAGCCUCAACGGCUGCUAACCCCGAGACUAAUAUGGUCCCUAUUAUUGGAAUUGAUAACUCCGAUCUGUUUGGCGCAUCUGGCUCUGACGAGACAGUAGAUGCUAUCAAGCCCGGCACUUUUGCGGCCACCCAGCCUCCCAAAUUGGUGCAGGUCAUUGCAGGAGAACUCGGUAUCACCGAUUACAGCAGUAUCAUCAACUGGGAGUUGGAGCUCUUUGACAGCCAACCUGCACAAGUGGGUGGUCUUGAGAAAGACCUUAUCUUUGCUGGUCGCAUUGACGAUAAGCUUUGCUGCUUCGCAGCUCAGGAAGCUCUCCUUGCUUCACCGGAUUCGACGUCGCCAGGCCUAGUCAAGCUUGUGGGCAUGUUUGAUGAUGAGGAAGUUGGUUCUCUUCUCCGUCAGGGUGCACGAUCAACUUAUCUCAGCAGCGUCAUUGAGCGUAUCACCGAAGCAUUCGCUGAGGGCAACUAUGGACCAAACCUUUACAACCAGACUGUCGCCAACAGUUUCCUAAUCUCAUCCGAUGUCAUUCACGCCGUUAACCCCAACUUCCUCAAUGCCUACCUUCCAAACCACAUGCCGCGCCUUAAUGUCGGUGUGACUGUUUCCGCAGACCCUAACGGCCACAUGGCCACGGACGCCGUCAGCCAUGCAAUCCUACAACAAGUCGCCGAAAAGUGCGACUCAACCCUACAAAUCUUCCAAAUCAGGAACGAUUCCCGAUCAGGCGGUACUAUUGGUCCUAUGACCAGUGCCCAGAUUGGAUUGAGGACUAUUGAUGCCGGUAUUCCACAGUUGAGCAUGCACAGUAUUCGAGCAACGACGGGAAGUUUGGAUCCCGGCUUGGGUGUGAAGCUGUUCAAGGGUUUCUUUGAUCAUUUUGAGGAGGUUGAUAAGAGCUUUCCAAGCCUUUAA